UCCUCCUGGUCCUAAGGGCUGCUGAGGUCAGAGACGGAUGCUGUCGGACCAGUUUGGGAAGCAGCAGCAGUGAGGUUUGGCCUUUCAAAAGUGCGUGUCAGCAUCCAACAGAAGGAUUCUAGUCUGCUUGCAACAAUAUUUUCUCCUGCGUUGCCCAAGGGUGUUUGCCCUGGUAGGGACCAGAGUUUAUUCAGGAUAUGAAUGAGAUGUCUUCCUGGACUUUUUCCAGUUUGAAAGAUGUGCCCGAUCUUUGACAAAGCAGUGAUAUACGGCUCUGCUUAAAACAUUGACUGGACCAAAAACAACACCCAAGUGGAGGUAUGGCUGUGAACGUGGAAGAUGAUGACGUCCCACUUAUUCUCACUUUGGAUGAAAGCAGGGGCCAUGUCUCUGCACCAGAGGAGCCCCCCAGUGAAAAUGGAGGCAGUUAUGACUUGAUCAGUGACGUCCCCAGUCCAGCAGCUGGGGACUGCUUCCCUCGACGGAGCUAUGUGAGAGACAACUGGGAAAUGAACUACCAAGAAGCAGCAAUCUACCUCCAGGAAGGAGAGAACAAUGACAAAUUCUUCACACACCCCAAGGAUGCCAAAGCACUUGCGGCCUACCUCUUUGUCCACAAUCAUCUCUUUUACCUAAUGGAGCUGACUACGGCCCUGAUGCUCUUGCUGCUGUCCCUCUGUGAGGCACCUGCAGUGCCCAUGCUUCGCCUUGGCAUCUAUAUUCAUGCAACCCUGGAGCUGCUUGCCUUGGCAAUAGUAGUAUUUGAGCUGUCUAUGAAAAUGAGAUGGUUGGGCUUCCACACCUAUAUUCGGCACAAAAGGACCAUGGUCAAGACCUGUGUGCUGUUGCUGCAGUUCAUCGAGGCAAUAGUGGUGUUGGUGCGCCAGACGUCACACGUCCGUAUCACGAGAGCCUUGCGUUGUAUCUUCCUAGUGGACUGUCGUUACUGUGGAGGUGUUCGAAGAAACCUUCGGCAGAUCUUCCAAUCUCUUCCUCCAUUCAUUGACAUUCUUCUUCUCUUACUAUUCUUCAUGGUCAUUUUUGCAAUUCUUGGUUUUUAUUUGUUUUCUCCUAACAAAUCGGACCCGUAUUUCAACACCUUGGAGAACAGCCUUGUGAAUCUCUUUGUUCUUCUGACUACUGCAAAUUUCCCUGAUGUGAUGAUGCCAUCGUAUUCCCGAAAUCCUUGGUCCUGUGUCUUCUUUAUUGUGUACCUUUCCAUCGAGCUGUACUUCAUUAUGAAUUUGCUACUUGCUGUUGUAUUUGAUACCUUCAAUGAUAUCGAAAAGAUGAAGUUCAAGUCGCUGCUGCUUCACAAACGCACAGCCAUACAACACGCCUAUCAGCUACUUGUCAGCAAACAGAGACCUUCAGGAAUCUCUUUCAAGCAGUUUGACGGGCUGAUGCGAUUUUAUAAACCUCGGAUGAGCUCCAGAGAUCGCUACCUUACUUUUAAAGCACUGAGUCAAAGUAAUACUCAUUUAGUCAGUCUAAAGGACAUGCAUAAUUUCUAUGAAGUUGUUGGUUUACAAUGGAAGGCAAAAAAGAACCGUGAACACUGGUUUGAUGAUCUUCCACGAACAGCAUUCCUAAUUUUUAAAGGCAUUAACAUACUGGUGAAUUCCCGAACCUUCCAGUACACCAUGUAUACUCUGGUGGCAGUGAAUGGCCUCUGGAUACUAGUGGAGACCUUCAUGCUGCGAGAUGGAAUCUUCUCUCGAGAUGUCCCAUGGAGUUAUAUCGUCUUCCUUACAAUCUACGGGGUAGAGGUGCUACUGAAGAUCACUGGACUGGGGCCUAUAGAGUACCUGUCUUCGGGCUGGAAUUUCUUUGAUUUUUCAGUCACCCUCUUUGCCUUCUUGGGUCUCCUGGCACUGGCAUUUGACAUGAAGCCGUUCUACUUCAUUGUAGUUCUGCGGCCAUUGCAGUUGCUGAGGCUGUUCAAGCUGAAGAAACGUUACAGGAAUGUCUUGGAUACCAUGUUUGAGCUGCUUCCCAGGAUGGCCAGCCUAGGCUUAACCUUGCUUAUCUUCUAUUACUGUUUUGCCAUCAUUGGCAUGGAGUUCUUCUCAGGAAAACUUUACCCAAAUUGUUGCAACAGCAGCACAGUGGCAGAUGCCUAUCGCUGGGUGAACCACACCAUUGGGAACAGGACGGUGGUGGAGGAAGGCUACUACUAUCUCAACAACUUUGACAAUGUUUUGAACAGUUUUGUUACCCUGUUUGAGUUAACAGUCGUCAAUGAUUGGUAUAUCAUCAUGGAAGGGGUGACGUCAGAGACUUCUCAUUGGAGCCGCCUCUAUUUCAUGAUUUUCUACAUUGUGACCAUGGUGGUGAUGACCAUAAUUGUAGCCUUUAUACUGGAUGCCUUUGUGUUCCGCAUGAACUAUACUCGGAAGAAUCGCGAUUCAGAAGAAGACAGUGGCAUUGUAUUAGAGAGGGAAGUCUCCAAGGAAGAAAUGACUGCAGUUGCAGAGCUGUAUGGGAGGAAUGGUGCUGCCUCGGCUGCUAGCCAGCUCCUCAAAGUCAUUUCCCAGAUGCACAGGCACAGGCAAACAUCCAUGUUGUUUCUGGGACGGAGAUCAAGGACAAAAAGUGACUUGAGUAUGAGAAUGUAUGAGGAAGAGAUACAGGAAUGGUAUGAAGAGCAUGCUCGGGAAGAAGAAAACCAGUUUUUAUGGCAAGAUGACGAACAGCUGCUCAGCCAGCCCUUGCAACCCCCGGGCCUCCGGCAGCGUGCUCAGACCAUUAUCUAGGCCAGGCUAACUCCAGCUGCCUCAACCUACGCAUUAACCAUUUCGUGUUGCUUUACUCUGCAAUGUACAUACUGUCUUAAUGCAUAGCAUAGAGUGGAAGCCAAACUUCUCCUGGCGUUCUUUGGGUCCAGGAUCAAAAGCAGCAGAAGCCUCCAGGCCUGAUUCUCCCCUAUGAGACAGAGACUGUCAGGCAUCCUGGCCCAGAGUAGGAGGCUCCAACACACAUCUUGAGACCAGUUCAGUGGACUGGGCAACAGACAAGGGUGAGAUGGUACUACUUUUGAGCAGGGGGGUCCACCAUGUAUACUUGUGGAAUUUGUAUCAUACAAAAAGCAGGAAGUUUCAUUUUGCUAAUUCCCUAUAGGCAAUCCACUAUGUGUGACUAAAUAAUAUUGCCUUCCCAAGCCUCAGGUUCAUCCCAUUCUCCUACCACCAGCAUCCUGAAAUGACCACUAGCAUUGAUUUAAAUUGAGCAUAACAGGACUGCUUCUCUCCUUUAAUGGCUCCCAUACAAGAAAUGAGAUCCUGGCUUCAGUAAGCUGCACUACACUUGGUCUCACAAGGAGGUUUGUUCCCUGAUAGGCAUAAACCACUUUCUUUUAUCUUAACUUACCACAGACUGAAAACUUGAUACGCUAGGAUCCUCCUCUGAAGAGAAAUUUUGCCAUUCCUAACAGCAUCCGUGGUGUACAAAACCCCAUCAGCUUACCGUAAUGGGCCAGAGAGGAGUGUAAUAGCGUUGCUGAAGCUGCCUUGACCAUGGCAGGUAUUAAAGCAAUAAAAGAAGGAAAAAAUGGUCAGACUUGCAGUCAUUGCAUGGGACCUUUGGGUUGGGCCCAGUCGCUUACUGAAUUCUGCAGAGAAAUCUCAACCCUUUUAUUAGUCUCAGGCUUUUUUAUAAUAGAAAAGCAACAAGUGAGCCACUUUGUGUUUACUUGUAUGCAGCAUCCUUUUUCAGUCCCUGAAAGCAAUGGAAAACUGCCUUCCGAUAAAUACUACUGGCAGAACAAAAUACUACCUGCUUCCAAGCUGCUGCUGGAGCCCCCAGACAGCUACCAUAAUUCUCUGCCAUCUGUAUUUUGCGGAUCCCUUGCAAUACAUAAGAAAAAUAAAUAAAUGAAUUUGCUGAGAUGGACAAGCAGGAUAACUAUGUAACACAAAGGUGUCAUAAGCGAGGGAUCCUAUAAUAGCAGGGGCAGACCCUCUCAGUAAAACCAUUGCCUUUUCUUAUGCAUCAGUUUGAUUUGCUAAUGGAAAAUUCUUUACUGUGGUGAAAGUGAAGUUUCUGCUUCAUAAAACAAAAAGCCCUAAAAUGCUUUCUAUUAAGACAUAGAACAAGUGUGUGGAGUUCUGGAGAACUCAUCAGUUAGGGUGUUUCCCCCCCCCCCCCCAAAAAAAUCUUGUCCUCAGUUGUGGUGCCCAUGGGUGCCCCAGCUCCUGCUAAGUGUUUUUAGAAAGUGGGUGGGGCCAGGUGUGGCUUUUGCCCAGCAGGGUUUCUGAUUGACAAUUGCAGAUUUUUUUAAAACAUUGCUUUGGCAGGAGCCACUUUCACAGCACAAGGAUCUACACUUUGUGUCUGAAAGGGAAAGCUGCAGCAGCAGCCGAUUUAUGGUAGACAUCCUGUAGCUGCCCCCACCACACUAUGUGAGAAUUCCAAAGGUGGCUGCAGGCUCAAAAAGGUUGGAGACUCCUUAUCUAGGUUGAUAAGAGUUCCUUGCAGACUGUUUUGUGUCUUAAUAAAAGAUAUUAUAGGGCUUUUGUUCUUGGGUCUUGGCUUUGGACCAGUGUAGCUACCUGCAACCUUUACUUACCUUAACUACUAACCAAAGGAACAAACUUGUAUAGAGCAUCUCUCAAGCAGGGUUUAUCCAACCAUCUAUGGACUUUGGAGAGCAGGAGUUUCCUGCUUCUCCUUCUUGCUAAAGUCCUUGACAUUUAUUUAUUUAGCCCACUAAAGUCCUUGACAUUUAUUCUUUGAGGAGGGGAUUUCAGGGGACUUUCAAGAACCACUGAGAAAGGGGGAUCUGUAGUAGGCAGGGUGAAUUUGGCAGCAGUCACCAUCUCUUCUGUAAACAGAAAUGCUUUUUCCAUCAGAGAACCUUCAUGGUUGCCUGUGUGCCAGUGACUGGGUUCUGUUCUUGAAGUGUUUUCCCCCAGACAGCCAAAUGCAGCUUCAGUUUGUUCUGCAGCAGCACAAGUGGAACUGGAAACCUGAUGUACAAAAAGCAGUCAAGUGGCUUUUGAAAACAUCAACACUCCAGCACGACUUUUCUGUAUGCAGGGGCAGACUGGCCAUUUAACUUACAGGGAAAUUUCCUAAUGACUAACAGGGGCCAGAAGCAAGCAGAGCCAAGUGCCAGCAUCUCAGGGCCACUUGGCUUGAGUCCUUUAGUGGCAACCCCAAUUGAUGUCAGCUCACCGGUUGUACCCUCCCAUACUGCCAUUGGUUUGUGGGAGGAAGCAGUGGGUGAGCCAGAGCCUGUUUUUGGUACUACUGAGCCAAGAGGCCCUGUAGCACAAGCUUCUAGAACCCAUGGGGCCAAGCUUCCCUCCCAGUCCAGCCCUGCCUAUGCGCUUUGGAGCAGAUGCAGUUGUUUGGAUGGGCUGCUGAUCAACCAGUCUGCCCCUCAAUUUGCACUGUAACUUUUUUUAAGGGAAUCUGGUUUUAUCUAAUAAGCUAGUCAUAAGGCCUGAACGCUACUUUCUUCCAAACAUCUUACAGGGUGGAAGGAAAAUAAUUUUUGGAGUAUGGGGCAUCCCCUUCUAACUAAUCCUCUCUUUGGCAUCGUAUUGACACAGUUGACUUCAGAGACAAUCACUACUAGGGAGGAGGCACAAGCAGGGUUUCUUAUACUGGAAGUUUGUUAUGGAAACUGUAACAAUAAUGUCUGAAACAGUAUUAUAUAGAUCUUUCCAGACACACUGAAUAAACCUUUUUAAACA